AUGCGAUCCCAAAUAGCUCUGUUCCUUGGCUUGGUGGCCCUCGUUGCGACUUCCUUGGGUGCUGGCACCGGUCCCGCCACGCCCCCUGCUUCCGCAACGCCCCCCGCUUCCGCUACGCCCCCCGCUGCCGCUACACCCACUCCUGCCGCUACUCCCGCUGAUCCUGCUACCCCCGCUGAUCCGACCACGGCUACAACAACGUCGUCUGCAGCGUCAGCCACCACCACCAGCACCACUGCAGCCACCACCACGGCAUCCACCAAAAAGAAGGCCACCGUCAUCCACUACGAGCGCAAGAUCAAGAGGCCAAGAACGGUCCGUAAGAUCCACCACAAACGCGGAGGUGCGGAUAAGGAUUGA